GGUGAUGUGAACCAAACAUUUACACCCGCCGGAGCUCUUCAUAUUUCAUCCAGAGGAGCGCAUGGAUCCGGGGCUUGUGCACACCGCUCGCCGCUGUCCUGGAUGCUGCACAGAUUGAGACAGGAGGCUGCUGCAUCCUUCCUCAUCCAGUUAGUUUGUUUUUUAAACGUAUCCUACAGAAAUACAGCGACAGCUGCACUUGUGACAGUUUGAACUGAAGCAGACAAAAGGACACAGGGGACGGAGCUGCUGCCUGCCUGCCUGCCUGCGGUUGUUGUGUGUACAGUAGCCCGGUGUGGAGGCAGUAACGGCGGGGUAGAUGGAGCGGUGGAAAGGCAGAGUGGCCCUGGUGACCGGAGCCUCGGUGGGGAUUGGAGCGGCUGUAGCCCGGGCACUGGUCCAGCAAGGCAUGAGGGUUGUCGGCUGUGCCAGGAGCGUCGACAAAAUAGAGAAGCUGGCAGCAGAAUGUCAGAGCGCAGGCUACAGCGGCACGCUGAUCCCUUACAAGUGCGACCUGUCCAACGAGGAGGAGAUCCUGUCCAUGUUUUCUGCGAUCAAGACGCUGCACAAGGGCGUGGACGUGUGCAUCAACAACGCGGGACUGGCCCACAACGAGCCCUUGCUCAGUGGGAAGACGGAGGGCUGGAGGAACAUGAUCGAUGUGAAUGUCUUAGCCUUGUCUAUCUGCACCCGCGAGGCGUACAAAUCAAUGAAGGAGAGGAAUGUGGACGACGGCCACAUCAUCAAUAUUAACAGUAUGGGUGGUCACCGAAUGGUACCAAGUGCUGAUGAGCAUUUCUACUGUGCCACUAAAUACGCUGUAACUGCUUUGACCGAGGGAAUUCGGCAAGAGCUUCGAGAAGCAAACACCCACAUCAGAGCCACGUGUAUAUCUCCUGGAAUAGUGGAGACCGAGUUUGCCUUCAGGCACCACAACAGUGAUCCAGAGAAAGCAGCUUCAGUGUAUGAGAGUAUGAAAUGUUUGAAAGCAGAAGACAUAGCCAGUGCAGUCACAUUUGUCCUCAGUGCCCCACCUCACGUCCAGAUCGGAGAUGUGCAGAUGAGGCCGGUGGAGCAGGUGUCAUAGCAGCGACAAAGGAAGCUGCAGGAGGAGCAGACAGACGGCAGCCAUGGUGACUCCUUUAGCGACCUCUGCUGGGCAAAAGGGUGGGAGGGAGGGGGGAUUAAAACAAAUCAACUACAGCUGUGUUGGAUCUGCAGGGACGUGGUCGAAAGAGGGCCAGAGCCUUAAGGAGGCUUGUGCGAGGAAAUGAAGGGCAUGGACUGUAAAACCACUACGAAACCACAUACUACUGAACGCAGCGACCUGUUUCUUUUUUUGUGAAUCGUUGAGCCCAAACGAGCUGACUCCACACUACAGUAGGAACAAACGACAAAAGGAGAGAGUUGCUGCUGUGCUUAUGUGGUCAUCUGCAGGACCGUCACUUCAGAGGGAAGAGUAUGCCAUUGAUUGCACAUGUUUAUUUUUGUUUUGUUUUUUGUAGGUCAUAUGACAUAUCUUUUUGAAAUUAAAUGGAAAGAGUAAUUGUAACUGUUUAUAAGAAUUACCUUUUUUUUUUGUUCAAUUCCUUUUUUUUUGUAUAAAUAUUUUAACUCUUGAUCAUAGUUAGAUGUGGUCUCAUACUCACUAACCGUAGACGAUACUAUGUCGUACUCACUGUUAACUAAACGUCAGCAGUCUGUCCAAUCCUUACACCAACACAUUCACGUUAUCCGUGUUCGGAUCUAUCCAGGUUUCAACCCCAUUUAACGAACCAUACAAAACGAGAGAUCGCCUUGUCUUGUUAAAGCACACAAGGUUCUACAAUCCACCUUUUUCUUUUUCUUUUUUUUUUGUUUGCCUGUGUAAUUUCAGUUGUUCUGCACUUUGCAUUCAUUUUACGAGGAGUUCUGAGAAGGAAAAAAAAACACUGGCAACUUACAUAGGGGAAAGAAACUAACUCCAGUGCACAUGUAUACCUUUAGAAAUGUGUACCUUUCAGUGGAAAUUUCUCCUUUAAAUGAAUAAAUAAAUAAAAAACGAUUGCCCAGAA